AGCCCAACCAAACGCCUCCAUUCUCUCUCUCUCUCUCUCUCUCUCUCUCUCUCUCUCUCUCUCCGCAUUUUAUUUUCUGUAGAGGCUUCGGCGAGCUCGUUCUACUCGAACUGGCUAACCAACAAGAAAGUCUGGAGGAGUCCAACAAUCAAAGGGUGGUGCUCGCCCUAUAUGAAGCCCUGACCUCUCGAGACGUCGACACCGUUCACAAACUCUUGGCCUCCGACCUCGAGUGGUGGUUCCAUGGCCCUCCUUCGCACCAGUUUAUGAUGCGCCUCCUCACCGGCACUGCCACGUCUGACAUCGAUUCUUUCGAUUUCGUCCCCCACUCCGUCACCGCCUUCGGAUCAACGGUACUCGUCGAGGGCUACGAUCACAACUGCUCAAUCUCUUGGGUCCACGCCUGGACCGUCACUGAUGGGAUAAUUACCCAGGUCAGAGAGUACUUCAAUACCUCCCUUACUGUCACCCGCCUCGCCAACACUGGCAAAUCCUCACCGUCCGAUUUCCCCUCAUCGUCGAUCACUUCCCUCCAUUGCCCCUCCGUUUGGGAGAGCAGUCUGUCGGAUCGGGUCGGGAAAUCCGUGCCUGGUCUCGUGCUGGCAAUAUAAAGUCGUGUGUGUUUUUUUUCCUGAUCAGGUGCAGCAGGGUGUAGUGUAAUAUUAUAGCAUAUGGGCUGAAUGAACAUUUAAUGGAUGGAGGGUCUGUGACAAUGUAAGAAAUAAAUAGGGUGUGAAGCGUGUUUGUCUUUGGUUGUCUGCGUUGUCUUGUGUUUUUUUUCUUUUUUAUUUCUUUUCUUUGUUUUUAUUUUUUUUAUUGGGUUUAGGAGUGCGAUUGCUUGGUCGUAGUGUUUUGUGGGUUAAGUUUGACUGUUGUAAGGUAAGUGAGCCGAUCAUGAUGUGGUCAUUUCCUGAUGUGUCUGUUAUGUGGUUUGUUGGUUGUGCAAUAAAAUUAUUUUCAUGUGACUGGUUUAUUAA